AUGCUCAGUGACGCUUGGCGCGUGACGUCCUGCUUAUCUCCACUUGGGGAGCGUCCUCCGGCGGUCUGGACCUCCGCGCCGUUGAGGGUCUCUACCAACGCUACAAAGAUGGCGGCACUGUGGAGCCGAGAGCCUGAUGAUGACGUCAUCUCAGUGGACGGCAUCACUCGGUUUUGUGAGGAGCUGGAGGUGGAACCCACAGACAUAGUGGUGCUGAUCAUCAGCUGCUACAUGGUGCGGGGCUUGGAGGGGGGCACCGGCGUGCUGGGGGGAGGAGGUUGGGGGGUUGGGGGCUCCCCGCGUAUGGUCGGGGAGUCAGGGGUAGUCGUCUCUGUUGGACAUGACGUGUAUUGUCGUUGUUUUAUUUUGCUGCUGGUGCUGGUGCUGGAGGAGUUCACCUCGGGGCUGGUGAAGCUCGGGGUGGACAGCAUCGACAAGCUCCGACGGAAGCUGACGGAUCUGCGGUCCGAGGUGAAGACGGACGCCAAGUUCAAAGAGGUGUACGCGUUCGCUUACAACUUCUCGCGGGAGAAAGGUCAGAAAUGUGUCAUGCUGGAUACGGCUGUGGCGAUGUGGCAGUUGCUGUUCUCGGUUCCGGAGCAACGCUGGCCGCUCAUAGACGACUGGUGCGAGUUCCUCACCAAGCACCACAACCGGGCCAUCUCCAAAGAUACUUGGCUGCAACUGUUUGACUUUAUAAAGGCAAGCUCCGUCAAGCCCGACUUCUCCAACUUCGACGAGAACAGUGCCUGGCCCUACCUGCUGGACGAGUUCGUGGAGUACAUGAAGAACAAACGGGGGGCCCAGGGGGGGCAGUAA